CACUGGACGCUCACGAUCUAAGUGACGACCGCCGGAGGCGGAACUACAAACCAAGUGAUGUGUAUAGCUGAGGACAUUGUCACACCCUUCCCCCCCCCCCCCCGAAAGACUGGCUGUGACCAAUCAGUGACCACUGUGGGAGGGGCUUCAGGUCAGAAAUAAUCCUUUGCAGUUUUGCCUUAGUACCAUGCCACAUGUGCCAGCCUAUCGCCCUCAUUGCCGCCAGGUGCCCCACGCCUGGCGGAGAGCAUCCUCGCUGCCACCAGGUGCCCCACGCCUGGCGGAGAGCAUCCUCGCUUCCAUCAGGUGACCCACGCCUGGCGGAGAGCAUCCUCGCUGCCACCAGGUGCCCCACUCCUGGCGGAGAGCAUCCUCGCUGCCACCAGGUGACCCACGCCUGGCGGACAGCAGCCUCGCUGCCACCAGGUGACCCACGCCUGGCGGACAGC